AUGCCGCAGGACCGGUUCCGACCGGCGCUUAUUGUCGUCGACUUCCAGGAGGAUUUUUGCCCGCCGCAUGGCUCCCUCGCCGUGGCCAACGGACGCGACAUCCACCCGGUCGUCAACUCGAUGCUGCGCUUGCCGUUCGCGACAAAGAUCGCCACCAAGGACUGGCACCCGCCGGACCACGUCUCGUUCGCCUCGAACCAUGAGGGCAAGCAGCCCUUCGUUGACACGGUCGACAUUGUCAACCCGCGCAACGGCGCCGAGACGUUCCGCACGCGGAUGUGGCCGGUGCACUGCGUGCAGGGGACGCCCGGCGCAGCCCUCGUGCCGGAGCUGGACGCCUCGGCCGUCGACACCGUCCUCGAGAAGGGCCAGAACAGCAACGUCGAGAUGUACAGCGCCUUCUACGACCCCUUUCAGUCGCCGCGGGUGUCGGACACCGGCCUCGCGGAGACCCUCAGGGACAAGGGCAUUACGGACGUCUACGUGGUCGGGCUGGCUGGCGAUUACUGCGUCAAGUGGACCGCGCUGGAUGCGAACAAGGAAGGCUUCCGGACCUUCAUCGUCGAGGAGGGCACGAGGCCGGUGGAUGCUGAGAGAUGGGAUGAGUGCAAGGGCGAGUUGGAGGCCAGCGGGGUCAGGAUUGUCAGCGUCGAGGGGCCGGAGGUCCGGAGGGUUGUCACGGCAGGGCGGGAAUGA